AUGCUUACGGAUGAGCAACAGGCUCUCGUUGCCCAGUUCAAAGCGCGGCAGCGGCGAGUGGUGCGGCUCCGGCUCCCGGCGGCAGCACCGGUGCCGGCGGCGGUGGCAGCGCGGCAGCGCCCGCAGUAUGCGGUCGACCGAAGCGGCGCGGGUCCGAGCACCGGCGGCGACAUGCCUGCCAACCAGGGCAUCCUUGGCAUGGGCGCGUCGCUGCUGUUCUCGAUUCUUUCGGGUGCAGUGGGGUUUGUAGGCACGCUUGCGGCGCCGCUGCUGUCGCUUGUGACCGGAACGACGAUGGGCGGCGGCGGCGGCGGAGCGCAUGCCUUUGUGGCAGCGUUCGAGGCCGAAUACGGCGACGUGCACCCGGCGUUCAUGCUCACGCCGUUUACCGAGGCUGUGCACCGCGCAGCCCGCGAGGGCAAGGUCCUCGUUGUCUAUCUGCACUCGGAGUUCCACGCCGAGACAGCGGCGUUCUGCGAGGGCACGCUGAGUGACCCGGCGCUGGUGCCCCGUAUCGACGAGUCGUGUAUCGCCUGGGCCGGCGACAUUGCCCACCAGGAGGCACACCACGUCUCCACCGCUCUCCGGGCCAGCACCUAUCCGUACCUCGCGCUGGUUGUCGCCUCGCCGCAGUCAAACAACAUUGCCGUUCUCGCAGUGUUCGAGGGCAACACCCCGGCCGAGACCAUUCUCGCCGGCCUGCAGGACGUGACCGGCCGCCUCGACGCUGAGCGCGCCGCCCGCGACCAAGAGGCUGCUGCUGCCGCCGCCACUCGCGAGGCUGACCGCCGCAUCCGCGCUGAGCAGGACGCCGCCUACGAGGCCUCUCUUGCCGCUGACCUUUUUUCGUUCUUUAUGCCCGGCCCUGAUGCCGACGCCGACGGCGUUGUCACCAUUCGGGUCCGGCUUCCCGACGGAGCUCAGAGCCAGCGGCGGUUUGUGGCGAGCCACAAGGUGCAGCAUGUCUACGCUUGGAUCGCCACCUGUGACCUCCCUGACGAGGUCAUCACCUCGGGCUACGUGCUCGUUGCCAAUUUUCCCCGCACCCUCUACACCGACCGCAGCGCGAGCCUCGCCGACGCCGGCCUCGUCGGCCACGUUUCCCUCUUUGUCGAGGCAACUCCAUCGUAG